AUGGGCACGCGCGGGUCGUUUUUGUAUGGACACGCGAGAGGCACGCUUAACGCAGUUUAUACCCUAAAGCGUGAGCUAGCGAGCGAGCGGGUGCUGGCGCAUUUCGACCCGGCCGCGCCGCUCAUGCUCACCGUGGACGCGGGGCCGGUCGGACUCGGCGCAGUGCUCGCACAUCGGGACGCCUCGGGCGGCGAACGGCCGAUAGCGUUCGCGUCGCGGUCAUUAACGACGAGCGAAAAGAACUAUAGCCAAAUACAGAAAGAGGCAACGGCUAUUGUCUUUGGGGUGAAAUAUUUUCACCAAUAUUUGUACGGCCGUCAGGAACCUUUUAUUUUGAAAACCGAUCAUAGGCCAUUACUUUCUAUUUUUGGUAAAGAAAAAGGCAUAUCAGUCACGGCCGCAUUACGGCUACAGAGAUAUGCGGUAACAUUGUCUGCAUAUAAUUAUAUAGUGCAGUACGUAGACGGCAAAAAUAACCAAAUUGCAGAUUUUUUCUCACGGGCUCCCUUAUCAGUUCAGUAUGACGAUGGCGAAGGAGACGACUGUUCUAAAUAUUUUCUCUUUUUCGAGUCGAACGCGGAACCAGUUCUGUUUAAUGACAUACGGCGUGCCACCGCGGCCGAUAGUGUUCUAAAAACGGUAAUGAAAUAUAUGGACAAGGGGUGGCCUAAAAAAAUCAAAUGUAAAUCGAUAUUACCGUACUUCCAAUGCAAGACGGAUUUAGAAGUGGUUGAUGGGUGUUUAUUACGGGGACAUAGAAUAGUCAUUCCGGAUACCUACAGAGAAAGGAUGUUGAAAGAAUUGCAUUCAUCGCAUUUGGGCAUAAUAAAAACAAAAAAUGUAGCACGGGGAAAAAUGUGGUGGCCGCAGAUCGACUUACACAUCGAACGGUGGGUUAACUCAUGUCAAACGUGUGCGGCAGUGCGAAGCGCGCCGGCGUCCGCGCCGCCCGCGCCUUGGCCGCGGCCGCCGGGUCCGUGGCACCGGCUGCACAUAGACUAUAUGUCGAUAGGGCAGUCCGUGUACCUGAUUGUCAUAGAUGCAUAUUCCAAAUGGUUGGAAUGUGUUUAUAUGGACCGUGGCACAUCCACCAAUGCGCUUAUUUUUAAACUUAAAGAAAUUUUUUCUAAGUUCGGUGUUCCUAAUGUCAUGGUUUCCGAUAAUGACGUAAAGAUAUGUUCUGCGGAAUUUAACACAUUUUGUCGGAUGAAUGGAAUCCAAUAUCUUACUUCACCGAUCUACCAUCCAGCUAGCAAUGGGCAAGCUGAGAAUUCCGUUAAAACUUGUAAAAAAAUGAUAAAAUGCAUUUUAUCUGAAAGCAGAUGUCAAAGACAUGUAAACGAGAAAUUACUCAGUUUUCUUUUUAACUACAGGAAUACUGUCCAUUGCACUACAGGUGCCACACCAGCGAUGCUGAUGAUGGGUCGGAAUUUAAGAUCAAGAUUGGAUUUAAUAUUACCGCCUAAGGAAAACUAUUCUAAACAAGAUAUGGCGGCGUUAAAGCCUAGCCGAAAUUUUCAUGUAGGUGAAACUGUAUGGGCUAAAUGGUUUAUUGCGAGAAAGGCAAUAUGGUGCGUAGGCGUUGUUAAAAGAGUUAUAGGUAACCGAAUGUUUGAAAUUUAUUUUGAAGAUUAUAAAACUAGUUGUAACAGGCAUGUAGAUCAGAUUAGAAAAUAUACUAGUUUUUGUAAUAGUGAUGAAAGCCUAGACCAAUCAGGCAGUACCCUACCAGAGCAGCUUUCAUCACCAACACCGAUCCCCGUGUCGACACACACUGAGAGCCCAGUCUCAACAUCUGCACCUCCACCUCCUCCGGCCAUUGUAGUGGAGGAGAGGGACGUGCAGGUAGCAACAGACAAUGUUGUACCUAUUGUGGGGAGCGGUAAUGAUAGCGUAAUGGGCCAAGGGGGAGCUGAUAGUGAGGAAAAGGCGGACGUUGUAACGCAAGAAGAACCCCAACCGGCUGAAUUUGGUGCCGAAUCAUUACGUUUGGUUAAUAAUAAAUCAAGUAAUCCAAGUAGCGCGGAAAACAGUCCAGUCGGGCGUUCUAAAAGGUCUAGGAAACCUAUAGAUUAUAGACAAUAUUUUAAAUAA